AUGACUCUGCAGCUGAGAAUUCCACAAAGUCUCUGUGCUUCUGGUAUCAAUGCACAAAACCAAAGGAAAUUAAGGCUUUCAUCUCUAAAUCAUUCAGAAACUAGUAUAAGCAUCUACAAGGAUGUCACAAGGUUAUACAGGGAGAAAAUUAGAAAGGCCAAAGUAGAGGUAGAUGCUGAUGGAAAUGGUGCUAAAAGAUUUGCUUAUGCAUUCAACAAGAAUCGUGGAAGGGAAUCCGGCCGCCUCCUGCAUGAGCUGCUGUGGAAGAGACACUGGGAGAGGAUUGCUCCUGAUUUUCAGGUGGUACAUCUGAACUCAGUGACAGUGGACAACUGCCUGGACAAUCUGCGCCUUGCCCCUUGGGGGUGGAAGCCCAAAGCUGAAGAAACCUCUAGCAAAGAAAGGGAACAAAUUCUGUAUUGGCUGGCAAUCCAACAGUUUCCUACAGACCCUCCAGAAGAGCAGUUUGUUGUCCUCAACGUAACAAGAUAUUACAACACUAAAGGGGACAUCCUGGAGCAGAAAAAUAACUCCUGCACAUACUAUGAAUGUCACUACCCCUCAUGCACAAUGACUGAAAAAGAGUUACAUGAGUUCAGUAUCUGUGGGCACUGCCAGGUCCCACAGUACUGUGGGCCGCAGCGCCAGCAGGAGGACUGGCCUGCCCACAAGAAACACUGCCAAGAGUGGAACAUAAUCUGGCUACAGCCUAAAAGAUAA